AUCUCCCAUCCCACUUCACUUGGAGAUUCUCUCUUCCUUCCCCACCUCCCAAAUCCCCUUGUCUAGUAAGAAAAACGAACAGGCAAGCAUGUGAAAACCAGACUUCAAGGCUCGGGCUCUAUCGGAAUUCCCUAGCCACUGAUUUUCCCGCUGCGAUAAAGAUGAAGAUGUCCCUGGUGGCUCUGUAUACACUGGUCCUUGCCAUCGCUGGUAUGGUACUGGAUGUGACAACCUUUUGGAAAGAAAGACUUCUGUCAUGGUGGAGAUCCAAAUCCCCUCGAAACCGCCUGCGUCAUUGUCUGGCUACCGCAACAGCCUACGAGGAAUGGGAAGAGGCAGCGUUUGCGCUGGAUGAGCUUCUGAGUCUAGAUUUAUGGCGCCAAAAUCCCACCAGUAAAUAUUACGAUUACCGUCUCAUCAUGGGCAGGCUGACGGCUCUGAUGACCGCUCGCGAGGAUGAAGAUAUCCUCACGUUAGUCAAUCUCCUGCGGUCGGGACUCGUCCGAAAUCUGGGCAAUAUCACCUCCCCGAAGCUCUUUCUGCACGCCUAUGCGGGCACCAAGCUGCUCAUCGAUGAUUACAUCACGCAGGUUGGACUCUCGAUCCAGCAUGUGACAGCGCUCCAGACAGUCCCCGUGCACGACAGCGGGUUCACCUCCCAGGCCAAGGUGGAGCUGCUGCACGACACGCGCCAGGCAUUUGGUCGAACGACGCUGCUUUUGCAAGGAGGCUCGAUUUUCGGGCUGUGCCAUUUAGGCGUGGUCAAGGCAUUGCAUUUGCAGGGCCUUUUACCUAGGAUUAUCACGGGCACGGCUACGGGGGCUCUCAUUGCAGCUCUAGUUGGAGUCCAUAGCGAAGAUGAACUUUUAGCGUUUCUCCACGGCGAUAAUAUUGACUUGUCUGCGUUUGAUCGGCAGCAGAGCACCAGCACCAGCACUCUGCCGUCUGGCUGGGGCAGCUCGUGGCUUUCGUCGACUCUCGCCGGCAGGGGGGUGACGACAUUAAUGCGACGGGUCAAACGGUACUUCACGAAGGGCUAUUUCCUUGAUGCAGGAGUCCUGGAAGAGUGUGUCCGCACUAAUCUGGGCGACCUCACCUUUGAAGAGGCGUAUGCACGAUCGAAACGUAUCUUGAACAUUACAGUCGCGACAUCUGGUCGUAGCGGAACACCUAACCUACUCAACUACCUCACCGCACCGAACGUGUUAAUCUGGUCCGCUGCUGUGGCAUCCAACGCCUCCAACAACUCUCUCUACGCCCCCGUCACAAUAUACUGCAAAGAUGAAACCGGCUCAAUCAUGCCAUGGCCACACUCGCAAGACGUGGUUUUCCAACCGUGGCGGCACAUUCACUACGACGAAGGCGACUCGCCGCUCUCGCGAAUCGCCGAACUCUUCAACGUCAACCACUUCAUCAUUUCCCAAGCACGGCCGUACCUGGUGCCCUUGCUCCGAUCGGAGCUCAACUACCUCGACCGCCGCCCAACCACCGGCCACUGGAACCUGACCCGCGGUCUCACGCGGCUGGUCGCGUUAGAAAUCGGGCACCGGCUCCGGCAGCUCAACUACAUGGGUCUUCUCCCUUCGCCGCUGGCCAGACUGCUCAUCGAGGAAACCGUGCCCGGGUCCAACCUGACUCUUGUCCCGGACCUGACGGUGCGGGAUUUCCCGAAACUGUUCCAGAACCCAGACCAGGCGGGGCUCGCGCACUGGAUCUCAAAGGGGGAGCGCGGAGUGUGGCCGGCGAUCAGCGCGCUCAAGGUGCGGUGUGCUGUGGAAAUCGAGCUGGACAAGGGGUACCAGGUUGUUCGGCGCCGCAAGCCAGCUGAGCUGGAAGCGUUGCCGCUGGUUGGCCGGCCGCAGCCGAACGAGGGAGUUCCGAGGAAACGCAGGGGGUAGUAUAGUAUCGAUUAACUAUGGGAGGGAGGGAUGUGUGUAUAAUGAACAAUAAAUAACUAGUCCGAGCAUCAGUUUUG